AUGAAAAAGGAGAAUAAGGAAUGGAAGACGAAAAGAAUCAAAAGCUUAUUAAUAAUUGUUAUAAUGUAUUUUACUAGCAUUUGCAAUCUCAAUAUAGAAAUAUUUAAGGUAAGAUGAGUCAAUAAUAUAAAUAGGAAAUGCAAGUAGAGUAGAUUUUUGAAGGGUAUUUUUAGACUUAAAACGAAUAAAAUAAAAUAAAUUUAGAUAAUAUUAAUUAAUAUGCUGAAAUUUUAGAAAUUUAACAAUUAACAAUAAAUUAUAUAAUAUCUAAUCUUCAUGCUCGUUCAUUCGAUCUCUAAUUAAUUGAUUAAAUAACUCCUUUGAUUGAUUUUGAUCCAUUAGGAGUAGCAGCAAAAGAAGAAAAAAAUCCAUAUGAUGAUGAAUAUUAUCCUGUUAAAGGUAAAUUACUUUAUGUAAUAUUAGUAUCUGAUUCAACAUGGAGAGUUAGAAGAUGUACAUUAUACACAUUUUAAGUAUAAAUUAGUACUAUCAGCUUUAUUUGGUCCAAAUUAAAUCAUUAUGAAAAGAAUCAAUGAGAAAAUGCUGAAAUCAAAUUAUCAAUUAUUGAUUAGUUUGGUUUAGGCAUCUGCAAUUACUAAAGAAGAUAUAAAUUCUAUGGAAGUUGAACAAUUAUCAUUAAUCAAACAAAGAUCUAUACCAGCCUCUAUUUCUUUAAUUGAAUUAGUGGAAUAAUUAUUGGACAAAAUAUAAUCGAUCUUUAAAAAUGAUCAAAAACAAUAGUCUUUAAAAUCAGAAUCAACAAAAUUAUUAUUAGCUAUUGGGUAAUACUUCUAUUCUCAAAUUUAAACUUCAAAUUCAUGUUUUACAUAAAUAUAAAUUAAUCAAUUACUGGUUCAACUAUUUAUUAUAAAAAUGAAUAAAAAGUAUUUAUUAUUAAUUAAUAAUUUAGCUUGCUUCUAUUUUAACUAUGAGUACUAUUCUUAAGAGAACAGCCUGAAGUUGAAGAUUUCUUUAAUUUAAUCAAUUAACCUUUGAUAGUAGAAGAAGAGAUUAUAAAACCACUAGGUAAAGAGAAAUUAUAUACUGCUGGAUAAAUUUAUUGCUCAAUAUUAAAAAAUAGUAAUGGAUCAAUCAGUAAUUUAUAUUCAUUAAUAGAAACAAACAGAUAGUUAAAAUUAUCAACUUUAAGAUUCAGGUCAGGUAAAAAUAUAUAAAUAUUUAUUUUUAGAAUUUGGAUAAGGAAAAAGAAAAGAUAAGAUUGAUAGCAAAUAUAUUAUAAGGUUUGAAAUAAAAUUCUAAAGAUAUUGA